UAAAAGUGUGACACCCAGCGGAAGUAAACAACACAAGCUCUGGUAGCGUCAGCUGUAUGGACGUGUUGAAUUAGCUGGAAGACGAUAUUGUAGUUGUAGUACUGAUAAUUAUUUAAUUUUGUAAUUAAACAACAAUGUCUUCAGUUGAGUCUUUGAGAGAGUUUGUCAACGAGCGACUAACUGCUGCUGCUGAAGAAAUAUUCAGAGGUUUUGAAAAGACUAUCUUCGAGUACGAGGAAGAGAUCGAUCGUCAGCGCAAACUGUUGGAUGUCGUUUUGAAUCCUGAAAUAAAGAUAACCAGGAUAGAGCUCCCACAGCAACAUGUCUGUAAGGAGGAGGAGGUUCUCGCUGACCAGCAGCUCUGUAUUCAGGAGAGGAACUCCAGUCUGGACGAAGAGGACCCAGAGCCUCCACAGAUUAAAGAGGAAGAGGAGGAACUCUGCACCAGUCAGGAGGGAGAGCAGCUUGAACUGAAGCAGGAGACUGAGACCUUUAUGUUGACUUAUACUGAUAAGGAAAGUGAUCACAGUGAAGAUCAGACUUUGUACUUUAAUCCUGACAAAAGUCAGAGUGUAGCAGAGACAGAGCUUCCACCUAGCAUGUGUAUCAGUUGGCUAAAAGACGAAUCUGACUGUGAAAAUCCUGAAGAAUCAGAAUCAAACAGUGACCACCAGCUCCUCUCUCACAACUCUCAUGUAGCUGAGAGCCAAGAUCAGAAAGAAGGCAAACAUGGAGACUCAGGAUCAACUAGUAAUGAAGAGCUGAAGCCAAAGAAACAAAACAGAAGUUACAGUAGCAAUGUACAUAACUCUAACUUGUCAGAGAUUCACAGUAAUACUCACACAGGUAAAAAAUAUUUCAAAUGUGACACGUGUGGGAAAGCUUUUAAGUAUGAGUUAAGAUUGCAGAGACACCUGGGCGUCCACACGGGUGAGAAGCCGUACCUUUGCAAGACGUGCGGGAAAAGAUUCUGUUCCAUGCAAGCAGUGAAAAGGCAUAUGACAGUCCACACAGGUGAGAAGCCAUACCUCUGCAAGAUCUGCGGGAAAAGAUUUGGUUACAUGUCUACACUGAAAACUCAUAUAGGAAUCCACACAGGUGAGAAGUCGUAUUCAUGCAAAACAUGUGAUAAAGAUUUCCGACUAAGUGGUGACUUGAAAGUCCACAUGAGAACCCACACAGGUGAGAAACCGUACGUUUGCCAAAUCUGCGGCAAAGCAUUCUGUGAUAUUUCAGCAUGGAAAAGGCAUGUGAGAGUCCACACAGGUGAGAAGCCAUACCUCUGCAAGACCUGCGGGAAAAGAUUUGGUUAUAUGUCAACACUGAAAACUCAUAUAAGAAUCCACACAGGUGAGAAGUCAUUUUCAUGCAAAACAUGUGGGAGAGCUUUCAGAAACAAUGGUGACUUGACAGUCCACAUGAGAACCCACACAGGUGAGAAGCCGUAUACCUGCAAAACAUGUGGGAGAGCUUUCAGACAGAGUGGUUACUUGACAGUCCACAUGAGAACCCACACAGGUGAGAUGCUGUAACUUUGCAAAACCCGUGGGGAGAGAUUCUUUGGAGUACUUGAAUUGGAAAGGCAUAUAGAAGUGCUUACAGACAGGUAGUUUUGUAAUUCAACUCUCACAAGGCAGGAGCCACAUAACUGCAGCACUUGUGGGAAAAGCUAAUCACAUUCUUGAAAACACAAGGGGAUCAAUAUACACAGGAAAAACCAUUGAGCUGAAACUGCUGUGGAAACGUGUUCACAAACUGAAUGAAGUACACUUUUGCAAUAGUUACAUCUCUAUAACUGAAUUUAAAAUGUUUUCCACUUGACGAGAUGUAAUAUUUUAAUGUAAAGUUUCCCUUUAUAUGACUACUUAUAUGUCUGUUUGCAAACAGUAUUUCUCUGAAACAAUCGUAGUUUCCCAAAUCAAGGGGAAAUGUUAGUUUCAUAGUGAGUGCUUAGUUGUGGCACAGAGGUUUCUGGUGUAGUCUGACCCAUAAAGGCAAGAAGCCUUACUCUUGCAAAAUAUGCAGGAGAGAUUUCAGUUCCGUAUAAGAUGUAUAACCUCACAAUUUUGCAAUAGGUGCGUCUUUGUAUUUAUAUUUUACAGUAUGUUGGAGUGAAAGCAUUUCUGGGAAAAUCACAGUAUCCCGGGAAUCUUUGUUUCACAGUGAGUGCACAGUGUUACUCUAAUGGUGUGAUGUGGUUGACUUAUUGCUGUGCGAAUGAUUGAGCAUUUGCCCUAAAUUUUAAUAAAUGUUCAUUUUUCAAAAGA